UUUGCUUGCCUAUUAAGCUCCUUAAUGGGGACUAGUCUCACUUUUCAAGAUUCUAUCUUCUAAUUGAAGACAUUAUUUACGUGGGGUUGCGUUUAAUAUUUUUCAUUUUUGUCACUAGUUUUGGCAUCCUCUUAAAGCUAUUCUUUGAUUUGGAAGGAUGUUUUUUCAGAUAGUAUUAUCUUCCUUGGUUUCUUUCCUUUUUAGUGAAUAAUUAAGGGAGUAGUUGGGGAUGGGUGAUGCUUUUGUUGUUUGUUUCUGCAGUCUUGGUCUUAAAAAACCUCUGCCCAAAGAAGAAUAUCCUAAAUGAUAGUACUGUACAGCAAUUUCUAGUUGGGCCCUAAAUAGUAGGUGUGCUUUUAGGGUUGUCAUCAUACUAAGAGAGGUAAAAGAAACAAUAACAUGUUCGAUCUAAAACAAUAGAUAAGACAUCAAUUAUUGUAUCAUUCAAUUUACAUAGUCAACUGUUGGAUUUCUUUGUGAGGUCUUUGAAAAGCAGUUCACAAUAACUUGUACAUAAACAAAUUCAUAAGCCUCUUUCUUCUUCCAAUAAUAAAAAAGGUUUUAUUUGAGGAAUUCAUCAGAGAUUAUGGAAGUCGUUGAAGAGAUUGACAGAUGGAAAUCUUAUCAUUAUGGAAACAGAAGCGGAAAAAGAAAAUAAAAUGGAAAAAAGAACCAAGGUUAGCCUUUGAGUACUAAUGAUUAAAAAGUGAUGGCAUAAAAAGUAUGAACCACAAACUUUUUAUUCUCUCCCUUUUUAUGUUUGGUUGGGAUUGAAAAGAAGUAGAAUAAGCGUGUGGAAGCCCAAGCUUUAGAGAUAAAAGGAUAAAGGAUAAGUCAUUAAGAAUCACACAAAUUAAAGACAGCCUCAUAAAAACACUAUGCUUUGAUUUCAGGGAUAUUUUGGAUAUUCUUGCUUUAUCAUCACUCUCUCUCUUUCUCUUAACACGACCUAACAAUAGAGAGUUCCCCAUAUGGGGUGUAAGCUAAACUCCCCCAAUACCCCAAUUCUCUUCAAAUUUGCCUCAAAAAUACCCAAACUUGGAGGUAAAAGCAUCAAUUUUUGUCCUACUUUUUGUCUCAACAGUCAAAACCAAGAAACAUCCACCAUUCCCACCGACACAAAGAUCCCAAAAUUUGAUAUUUCCACCGUUCAUUUCAAAUCUCUCACAGCCUGCAAGCUUGGCAUCUCCAGAUACCCUGAUUUCCAAUACGAUGCUGAAGGAGGAACAGGAACUGGAUCUGCUAAGGUCUGUGGUGACAGCAGCAGCAACCAUGUUUCAGUUUCUUUCGAUGUUGACACUCUCUAUAUCCCACCAUUGACAACUCAAACCACCAAGUUUCUGGGUCUGCCAUUGCCACCGUUUCUGAAGAUUGAUAUUCUUCCUGAAUUAUUCCAUGGGAACAUCAAUCAAGAGUCUGGCAAGGUUGAGCUUGAAUUCGAGGCAAAGUUCAUGUUCUCAAUUGGGAGUUUGUAUAAAGCUCCUCCAUUGCUAGUAAAGACAGUGCUGAGUUCUGAAGAAUCAAAAGGAAGCAUAAGAAGUGGACAAGGAGAAAGAUUGGAUGAUAAAGGAAAGUGCAGAUUGGUGGGGGUGGCUACUGUUGACCCCAUUGAUGAUUUGUUUCUCAAUUCUUUCCUCUCUCUCCCCACUGAAUGUAUUGCAAACCUCAAUGCUAUAAUCACAUUCUCUUAGAGAGAGAAAAUUUAUGAAUGUAAUGAUGUAAUUGUUUGGGAUAAAACCAGACACAUAUUUGAAAACAAAUAAUUAAAUGCAUAGGUAGUUGUUCUGGUCA